AGACCUGGUGCAGGCACAGAAAAAGAUUGCUGACGUUCUCUCUGGUCAGUCUACAGGUUUUUCGUAGUCGUACUAGCGCAAAUUAAUACUAAUACUUGCAAACAUGCUUGACCUCCAAGGCACUGCAGCAAAGCACCAUGUUGUUGCAGAAGAGCAUUUAGACAUUGCGCGGGAGCAUUUAGAGAUGCAACACACCGUACGCGAACAGGAGUUCUCGGAUCGCCAAAAAGAUUAUCUCCAGUUAUUUCGUCUUACCAAGAGCACUCAAGAUGCCACAUACGAGUGGUACAAGAAUCGCGUAGAAGAUCGAGCAGAAGGCACGUGCAGUUGGUUUCUGGAACACGCCCACUUUCAAGAAUGGCUCAAACAAGUCUCGGGGCCGCUGCUAGUCUCCGCAGACCCUGGGUGUAUCUGAUAUUUGACUAUUUGAAGUCCGAAGGUUUCAAGAAGUCUAAGAAGGGGGUCCAGUCAGCUAUCAAAUCGUUACCAACAACUGUCAGCCAGGUGUACCAGAAGAUCUUCAGCAAAUCUAAAGAUCAGCCAAUAGUCCGCAGGGUCUUGGCCGUCCUGUUGGCCGCAGGGCGAGCAUUAACGGUCUUAGAGCUGAAUAUCGCCACAGAGAUACAAGGAACUACGCAGUCGUGGGAAGAUCUGGACCUUGAAAAAGAAGAAGACUUCAAGUCUCGUCUAAGAUCGUGGUGUGGGCUGUUCAUCUCAGUCUAUGAUGGGAAGGUCUAUUUUCUUCAUCAGAUCGCCCGCGAAUUUCUCUUGGCGGAUGUAUCACCAUCUACGAGUGUGCCCCAAAAGGUGCGAUGGGAACACUCAAUUGCAAUGCAUCACGCGCACAAGAUUCUUGCAGAGUAUUGUCUACAUUACAUCAGUUUCUAUAGCCCAUUAAAAAGACUCGGAACAAAUAACACAUGGCUGCCAGGUGCUCGAUAUUUUGGCACAGAAAGCUUCUUCCAUUACUCUAGGAAGUUCUGGAUGAUACACUUCCGAGAAGCCGAAUUAAACACAAGCAAAGAUGCUGUAUUGUUCAAGCUUGGAUUGAAAGUAUCUAAUCCGGAGUCUUUGUGUUUCCCGGGAUUGACGGGAAUGCAUGCUUCCUAUUACAGUUAUGACGUCAUUCCUGAACACCAUUUGACUAUUGUGUCAUCUUUCGGGCACGAUGAAAUUGUUCAGAUGCUUCUCGACAAGGGCGCCAACGCUAACGCCCAGGGCGGAAAGUACUACGGUAAUGCGCUACAUGCGGCUUCAUUCAUAGGCCACGAGCGGGUAGUUGAGCUACUAUUUAACGCGGGCGCCAACGUUAAUGACCGUGUUAAUGACCUAGGUGAAUCCUCCAGCAGCGCGCUACGGAGAGCCUCAAGGCACGGCUAUGAGCGGAUAGUCGAUAUGCUUCUCAACGCAAGUGCUCUCUAUCCAGAGUCGUCUGACAAUGAUAGCGUCAAAUCAUCUGACGGCGAAACUCCAUGGGAGCUACUACCUUAAGAAUAUCCUAUAUAGAAACCAUCCGGGUCCUAGUUCUUCAGUUAAUUGCGUUCACUGU